CUAUUGGACCUAUAAUGCAAUUCUCAGCACCCAUCCCUGGAUCUACAGGACCAAUCAAGCUCUCGCAAAAGACCAUUGUGCAAACUCCAGGACCUAUUGUGCAAUAUACUGGACGUAGUGUUGAUUCUUCAGACACAACCUCUCCAGGAAACUCUUAUGGCUCACCUCCUCGUGUCAGUAGACCAAUUUCACUUGCCAUCACUGGUCAGCUUUCCACACCCAGUGGUACACUGCUGACACCUUUAUUGAUCUCCCAGAGGAUCGCAACAAAACCUGGGAUGCCUGCAAUAAAACAAAAACCAAUACAGGUAACAGUGCCUAUAAAAAAUCCAGCACCUGUUGCAUUUUGCCCACUAAUGGACAACUCUGGAAAAAUCACACUAUUUCCAAUGGUUAUGCUUCCAGGUAACAAGGCUGAAGGACCUAAAAAACAAUGCGAUAACAAAGUCCAGUUUCUGGAACAUGGAGGAACUACAAGUGAUCCGAAGAGCCAAGAGGAAACCAAGGAAGCAGAGUGUUAUGAAUCCUUGUUUCCAACACACACAAAAGAGCCAAAUGGCAUGUCACUGGAGGAAGACAAGCUAGAAAUAGAGAUCAUGUUAAAGAGCGACUCUGAAAUACUAAAAGAAGAGGAAUCCCCGGUGAAGAAGAGCGAUGCCAGAGUCCCGAGAGAACAGAGUGCCCAAGAAAAUGCUAAGGUGGCAUUACGAAAAGAAGAGGAAUCCCCAGUGAAGAGGAGUGAGGUGGAGAUUCCCAAAGGAAAGGAACACAAAGUCAGGCAAAGUGAGGUCGGGGUUCCAAAAGAACCUGAAGUCCAAGAAAAGAGGGAAGUGUUCGUACCAAAAAGACAGGAACCCUUCAUAAAUAAGAGUGAGGUAAUAGUACCAAAAAGACAGGAAUUGCAAGAAAUGAAUGAGAUGGCAGCAGCCAAACAAGCUGAAGCCCCAGAGAGGAAGAACGAGGCAGGCGAACCAAAGGGACAGGAGUCCCGAAUAAAGCCGAGUGAAGCGUCCAUACCAAAAAGACCGGACUCCCAGAGGAGUGUGAUGGGCAUGUCCCACCGAGCCGAGGCCCCAGAGAGGAGGAUCGAGGCAGGAGAGCUAACAGGACAGGAGUCCCGAAUAAAGCCGAGGGAAGUAUUCAUACCAAAAGGACAGGACUCCCAGAGGAGUGUGAUGGGCAUGUCCCACCGAGCCGAGGCCCUAGAGAGGAAGAUCGAGGCAGGAGAACCCAAAGGACAGGAGUCCCGAAUAAGGAAAAGUGAAGUCGGACUACCAAAAAGACAGGAAUCCUAUGCAAGAGUGACUAAAGAACCUGAAGCCCAAGAGAAGAAAAAUGAGGUACUAGCACUGAAAGGACCGGAAACCCAAGCGAAGAAGAGUGAGGCGUUAGUACCGAAAGGACCAGAAAUCCAAGCUAAGAAGAGUGAGGCGUUAGUACCGAAAGGACCAGAAACCCAAGCCAAGAAGAGUGAGGCGUUAGUACCGAAAGGACCAGAAACCCAAGCCAAGAAGAGUGAGGCGUUAGUACCGAAAGGACCAGAAACCCAAGCCAAGAAGAGUGAGGCGUUAGUACCAAAAGGACCAGAAACCCAAGCGAAGAAGAAUGAGGCAGAAGCUCGUGAAGGACAGGAAUCCCAAGAAAAGAAAAAUGAGCCAGGAAUACCAAACAAACGAGAGGCCCAAACAGGGGAAAAGAUGUCAAGGAAUAAGGGAAAGGAAGGCCAGAGAAAUGAGGGAGGUGCACUGAUGAAUCAAAAUAAUGGCCAGUUGAUGAAGGCAAAGGUAACAAAGAAAAAGAUACUGUUAAGGAAUUAGAUGUGAAAGGUAAAUUUAAAAAAAAAUAUUUAAGGGGGCCAAAGCACAUAAAGAAAAUGAGUAAAUACAAAGAGAACUGAUCCUUGUAAUUCCCCUCCUCCAAAUACAAGGCACGUACCAGCCGCAGGAGUCUAAAUAAAAAAUCAACGUCAUCUAUAGAUCUACAGUUUCUGCUCUUCAGAAGUUUCAUCAGGUUGAGAUAUCUUAGCCACAAGCCAGCUUUUAAAUGUGUGCUUUAUAAGUCAAUCCAUAAUAGCAUCCAAUCA